AUGCGCCUCAGCCUGAGUGAUUCUGUCGACGAUCAUCCCGCCAGCGCCAAUCAUGCCAGAACGCCGCGCGCCUGCAGCCGCCGCACGGUCACGUGGUCCGCCGCGGAGAAGAAGGAAAAUGGGAUGCGCGGAGUCGCCGCGGCAGGCAGCACCGCCGCCCCUGUGAUGCGGGUGGAGGACGGCGCCGCGCGCGCCGCGCGCGCGGCGGGGUUCUUGGACGCGCUGAUUUCGUUGAAGAGCGCGCAGAUUGACGCAGUGAGGCGGGAACGCGUGCAGAUGAGCGCGGAACUGGCGGAAGGGGUGACGCAGGUGCGGAGCAUGGAAACGGGGAUGGCGGAGCGACGACGUGUUAUUGAAAGCCUCAUUGCACGGAUAUCGGAGAAGCAGGACAUGAAAUGUAAAGACAGAGCGACGGGCGGGAAGGGUACAUUGGGGGAAGCGGUUGAGGGGGAAAGCACGGAGGAUGACAUGGGAAGCCUAUAUGAUGACGAAGACGAAGAUAUGCUGGAGGUUGUGGGGUAUGAUGGGGUUGGGAGCAGCGCGGAGGAGUUAAGGGCGAUGCUAAAGGUCGCGAUGCGCGAGAUGAUGACUGACUUGAGACAACUGGAGCUCGCCGCCCUUCACGCUCAGUACCGAAGCGGUGAGAUACGAGGCGAUAUGCGGCAUAAAUCCACGGAGAUGGUGGGCAUGAGAGAGGCGAGGGAGCAGCUGGUGCGGCGGAAAGACCGGCUGGUGCGGCAGCAGCUGCUGCUUCCUGCUGGCUAG